AUGAUCUCUCAACUACUCAGUCAUCAUUUCCCCCAAGCAGCAGUACUAGCAACAACAGCAACUUUAAUCAUCUUGCUGAUGAUCCUCUAUUUCUCUACAAAACCCAAACCCGUUUAUCUCAUGGAUUUCGCCUGCUAUCGGCCGCCGGACUCGCUGCGAGUUCCGGCGUCGCACUUCAUUGAGCAUGUCGAAAGGAGUGGUCGUUUCACCCAAGAAAGCAUAGAUUUUCAAGACAAGGUGUUAAACAGAUCAGGCAUCAGCAGCGAGACAUGCAUGCCAAUUUCAGUCCAUGAAGUGAUCCCUAAUCUUUCUAUCCGUGCAAGCAAAGCAGAGAUCGAACAAGUCCUUUUCCCUAUAGUUAAACAACUCCUCUCAAAACGAACAAACAACAGAGAGAUAAACCCUAAAGACAUUGACAUUCUCGUUACCAACUGCAGCCUCUUUUGCCCUACUCCCUCCAUUUCAUCCAUGGUCAUAAACAAGUUCGGGUUCAGAAGCGAUAUCAAGUGCUUUAGUCUUAGUGGAAUGGGGUGUAGUGCUGGGAUUCUGGCCAUAAGUUUGGCUAAAGAUUUGCUUAAAGUUCACGAAAAUUCCAUAGCUUUGGUUCUCAGCAUGGAAGCAAUAACUCCAAAUGGUUACCAAGGGCAAGUCAAGUCCAUGCUUUUGUCCAACGUUUUGUUCCGAAUGGGUGGCGCAGCCGUUCUUCUUUCAAACCGAAAAUUCGACAAGCCAACCGCUAAGUACGAGCUCCAAUACCUUGUACGGACACAUACCGGUUCAGAUGAUCAUGCUUACCGAUCUGUUUUCCAAGAUUCCGAUGAUGAUGGCGAACAAGGGGUCUCCAUCUCACGAUCACUUCUUCACGUUGCAGCCAAAACCCUAACCAUAAAUGUGUCAAGGUUAGGCCCUUUAGUGCUACCCUAUUCCGAGCAGUUCCGGUAUGGAUUGUCUGCGGUGUUGCGGCGAGUGUGGCAGUCGUCUUCGUCUUCAUCCUCAGGUAGGGGGUCGAUUUACGUGCCAAAUUUUAAGAGGGCUUUUGAGCAUUUUUGCAUACAUGCAGGAGGAAGGGCUGUGAUUGAUGCUCUUGAAGAUUGUCUAAAGCUGGAAAAGGAAGAUGUAGAGGCUUCAAGAAUGACACUGUAUAGAUUUGGUAACACUUCAUCUUCUUCGGUUUGGUAUGAGCUUAGCUAUUUGGAGGCUAAAGGAAGAGUAAAGAAAGGAGACCGUGUUUGGCAAAUUGCAUUUGGGAGUGGUUUCAAGUGCAAUAGUGCUGUUUGGAAGUGCAUUUCAGAUUUUGAUUCAAGUGAAGUAAACGCUUGGUCAGACAGAAUUAAUAUUUAUCCUGUUGAGGUACCAAACAUGUUCAAUUUGUGA